AUGAGAGAUAAUAUUCAAUUUUUAUCAAAGUUUACACCUUGUGAUGUUUCUGAUUCAUUACAAAAACAUGGUAUUAAAAAUGGUGGUUUUAUACCAAAUUUGAUUAAUCAAUCACCAACUGAUAAAACAAUUGUUGGGAAAGCAUAUACUGUAUUAUAUGCACCUAAAUCAGAUCCAAGGCCAGCUAUUAAACAAGCAUAUAUAGAUCAAGUACCAGAAAACUCAUUUGUAGUUAUUGGAUUACCAUUAGGUUUACAAACUAUUUAUUCACCAUUUACAAAAGUUAAUAAUGCAUUAUAUGGCGGUUUAAUGUCGACUAGAGCACAAUAUAGUAAAGCUAAUGGAUCAGUUAUAUUAGGUAGAAUUAGAGAUUUAGAUGAACAUAGAGAUUUAAAAUAUCCUGUUUGGUCUUAUUCUGUUGGAACAGCUGCUCCAGGUCCAUAUUUAAAAGUUGUUGGUAUUAAUGUUCCAUUAGAAGUUAAAGUUGCAAGUAUAGAUAAAGAAGAAGACAUAUUAAUUAUUAAUCCUGGUGAUUAUAUAAUUGGUGAUAAAAAUGGUAUUGUUAAAUUAGAAGAUGAUGAAAAUUUAGAAAAGAUAUUAGAGUAUAUACCAAAAAGAGUAGAAGCAGAUAUCAAAGUAAGUCAAGAUAUAAAGAAUGGUAAACCAGCUGCAGAAUCACAAACUUAUUGGCGUAGUAAAAUUUAA